CGGAUAGAAAGUCAGCCUGGUUUCCAGCUGAGUGCUUGCUCUCUCACAGUGUGUGUGUGCGCGCGCGCGCGUGUGUGUGUGUUGUCAUUAUUAUCCACUCUGCUCCCAGCUCAGAAUGGCCAGAUUCACUCAGACUGAAACAAGAAGGCAGCAUCAUCCACAGCAGCCCCAGCCCGCUCACUCCAGCCUGGUUUUCACCGGACCGGGGGCACCACCGAGCCAACAACCACUACUCCUUAUCCCACAUCAGCACCAGUACCCUCAGAUCACAUUCCCGAAACCCAUGAACGGGUCAGAACCCAUUUCAAUUCAUCCGGAGAGCGGCAACAUGAAAGACCAAGAUGCCAUUAAGCUGUUUAUCGGGCAGAUACCGCGGAACUUGGAGGAAAAAGACCUGAAACCCCUGUUUGAACAGUUUGGGAAAAUCCACGAACUGACAGUUCUCAAGGACCGAUACACCGGCAUGCACAAAGGUUGUGCGUUUCUCACCUACUGCGCCCGAGAGUCGGCCAUCAAGGCCCAGAACGCCCUCCACGAACAGAAAACACUGCCAGGGAUGACUCGCCCCAUCCAGGUGAAACCGGCUGACAGCGAGAGUCGUGGAGAAGACAGGAAGUUGUUUGUGGGGAUGCUGAACAAACAACAGACCGAGGAGGAUGUUUACCGUCUCUUCGAACCCUACGGAGUCAUCGAGGAGUGCACGGUCCUAAGAGGUCCUGACGGAAACAGCAAAGGUUGCGCCUUCGUUAAGUUCUCCACACAUACUGAGGCUCAGUCUGCAAUCAGUGCCCUCCACGGCAGCCAGACCAUGCCAGGCGCCUCUUCCAGCUUGGUGGUCAAGUUUGCCGACACAGACAAGGAGCGCACCAUCAGACGUAUGCAGCAGAUGGUCGGGCAGUUUGGCAUCUUUAACCCAGCCAUCGCCCUUCCCUUCAGCACCUACAGCUCUUACGCACAUGCGCUCAUGCAGCAGCAGGCAGCCAUAAUGGCAGCAAGCCACGGAGGUUACCUCACGCCCAGCGUGGCUUUCCCCGCCACGCAGAUCCACCAGAUGGGGGCGCUCAACAUCAACAGCCUCCCACCCACUCCCAUGACCCCGGUGUCGGGUGAGUUUCAUCAAGCCCUGGCAGGCCUCAGUUCUCCACCAGCCAACAUCACCACCUCCGCCGUGCCCAGCAUCGUCACGCCCAUCGUCAACGGAUUCACCGGCAUCCCCCAUCAGCCCAACGGACACCCCGCCGUGGAGACCGUGUACACCAACGGCCUGCCGCCCUACUCCACCCAGAGCCCCACCGCUGCUGACACCCUCCAGCAAGCCUUCACCGGUGUACAGCAAUACACAGCGAUCUACCCAGCCACCACGCUGACUCCCAUUGGCCAAACACUGCCCCAACCACCCCAGGUCAUCCAGCAGCAGCAGCAGAGAGAAGGUGAGGGUCCGGAGGGUUGUAACCUGUUCAUCUACCACCUGCCACAGGAGUUUGGAGACAAUGAACUCAUGCAGAUGUUUUUGCCCUUUGGUACCGUCAUCUCCUCGAAGGUCUUCAUGGACCGAGCAACCAACCAGAGCAAGUGCUUUGGUUUCGUGAGUUUCGACAACCCUGCUAGUGCACAGGCAGCUAUUCAAGCCAUGAAUGGCUUUCAGAUCGGGAUGAAGAGGUUGAAAGUCCAGCUAAAGAGACCGAAGGAUGCCAGCCGCCCUUACUGACACAGCCUACCUUCAGUAUUCAUUGCAGCAGCACAGGUUUUAGAGGACACGUGAAGAUAUCUCGGAGGAGUUAAACUUUUUUUUCCUUUGAAAGCAAAAUAUGUUUUAAAAAAAAUCAACACGUAAGGAAUUUUUUGAAGACAUAUCAGCAUUUACUUAUGAAGAUAUAGGUUAUGGCAGAACAAGAAGAUGCGAAAUAAAGAAAGAAAGAAGGAGGAGGAGGAGGAGAAGACGCUUCACCGGGAGACGUAACAGUAACAGAUGGCACAGUGCAAAGAAAGACGAAGACGAAGACGAAGAAGAAGAAAAAAAAACUGAAAAAAGAUGUGAUGAGACUGAACAACAGAACUUUUUUCUUGUUGAGACUUGAAUUGUUAAUUAAGCAACAAACUAACAAACAAAAAAGCAGCAACAACAAAUAGAUUUCUAUAUACAUAUUAUAUACACAUAUAUAUAUAAGGAAAGAGGCGCUUGUGGCUUUUACUGUACUGGACAAAUGAGGGUUAAAACUUGAAGAUCAAAAAAAACAGUGGAAAAAAGAAGCUAUUCUACACGUCCACUGACAGACUUUCUUUCUCUUUCCCUCUUUCUCUUAUUCUCUCACCGUCUCUCUCAGCAAGCGCAGAACUAUGACUCUUGGAGGUCACUGAGGUUUCCAUUAGCAACAGUAGAACUGCAAAUCUUUCACCCCUAAGGGACCAAAGGACCAAACAUUUUUAUUGUUCUGAACAGUAAUAUAUAGUAUUAAUGAUACUAAUACUACAAACUACUACUAAUAAUAUUACAAGUUAAACUUAAGAAGAAAUACUAGCUUCAGGUUGAAAAAAAAGAGCAAAGGGUUUUUGAUUUCUUUUCCUUUUACAUUUAUAGCUACUGGGUUUGAGAAUAUUAAAACAAAACAGAAAAAUGUAUAAAAAAAAAUAAAGCUAUACUAUUUUAGUGGCGUAGAUUAUAUGGGUUAGAUGUUGUUCCGGGCAUGUUCAGAUAUGUUUCUUUUGCCGCUCAUUACUUCAUUGCUGCAUUUCAUCUCGGAGGUGUGAUCUGUCUGUGUUAUUGUGUCAGAAGGAGGAGAAAAAACAGUUCCAUAGUGCCAAAAGUGACACGAUAGCACCUUCUCGGAGCAAACGUCAAACAACUACAGUGUGUUUUUAGCCAAGUACCGCUGUCCUCCAUUUCAAUUCCAUAAUUGAUCGCCAGUCAUUCCAUGUCAUCAUUAAAGCCUUUGAUAGUACAGAUAAUCUGACCAUAAAGCACUGUGGUAAAAGUGCCACCCGGCUGAGCUGGAGACGCAGCAGUAAAAACAGCACAGCAUCUGUAACUGCUUAAUAAAAUAUACAAAUGAGCCUGACAGCAGUUGUAAAAAUUUCCAUCGGUGUGUCACAGUGGUCCCUGCCGGGUCGUGGCCUCUCCCACUGCCAAGCUCCUCCAGCUGCUCUCAGCAGGCGAGAGCUGACUCCCCUUCUUCCUCCCCCCCGUCUCUCUCUCUAUUUCCUCACCUCCAAGUGCCAGCAUAUCUCUCUCUUAAUAGGGACCAUCAGUUCACAGGGGCCCCAAAGCUAACCCACAGCAUAAUUAGGGUAAUGAUAAUAUUGAUCAGAUGGGGAGCAGCGCCGGAGGGCAAGAGAUGCACAAUCAAUUACACAUUGGCAUUUUGAAUGAAUUGACUGAGUGACAGAGUUCAUUUUUCACUCAGCGGUUGGAUCUUUUCUCACUUAUGCUGUCAUUCAUAGACUCCCAAAUCUGUGGAAGGCUCCUGGAGUCACUUAAAUUGACAAAAUUAUGGCAAAGAAACUUCAGAAGGUUCAUGUGGCUGCCACAAGAUCUGUAUAUAGUGUUUAGAGUAGAUUGUGCAAGUUCUUCAGUGAAGAGCAGCUGUAUAUAUAUUUUUUCUGAAGGGUAUAAUAGCACAGUAAGAGCUUGUACACAGUGAGAAGCAGCCUGGCAUUACCAACCUUAGGAGGUCAAAUUAAGAGCAAAAUGAUCCAUCAAUUAGACAGCAGCAGGCCUGUAAGUGUAGCUGCUACAGCUGCUGCUGCUUCAACAAGACGACAGCUUACCAUUAGCGCCGGUCACACAUGGCUCCUGUGCCGUGUGGUCACGACACAUCACGCCACUUAAGAUGCGACUAAUGAACUAAACUGGUGUCAUCUGUAGUGAUGUUUUUACAAAGAGACACAAUCAGUGCAUCCGAGAUGAAAUCAUAUUUUUCUUCAUGCUUUUUUUUUUGUUUUACGGAAUCACCUUUUUAAUUUUUUUUUUUUACCAUUUCUAAUUGUGUUUAAUGAGAUUAUUUUUUCUUCAAAAUGCCAUUCAUUGACUCAGUUUGCCCUCUAAAGCAUCUUUCCCCUCAGGACUCUGUGAGACCUCAGCGCUCUGAUCAUCGCUGUGAACUUUAGACACAUCAGUGCUUCAGACAUCGAAUCGCAAUGCUGCCCCAUCCCCAGAAGCAGAAUCUUCAGCUAGCAUGACUACUCAGCCUCUGUAGUCUGGUACAACAAAUGUUUCCUCCACAAUGACUCUACAGAUCCUGAAGACUGAUACGCUUUCAUUUAACGUUCCUUUGGCUCAGUCGUUCUUUUUUUAUUUUGCGUGAUUGCUGGUUCUCCGGAUCAGUAUUAUUAGAAAUGAGGUGCAUAAUGUUCAAUAGAGUAGGUCUAAAUGUUACCCUCUUUCACUGUAUGUUGUUCUGUUGUCAGCAGCAUUCAGAUGCUGUGAGAAGAAAUGUUUCAAAAUGCCUUUUCUCAUCAUGAAUUGCCAAAUUAUGCAAGCAUAUCCACUGCAUUUCCUCAUCAGACUUUAAACGUGUGCCAGAAUUCCUUAGAAAUCCAGUCGUAUAAAUUUCAAGAGUAAAAUAUAUCAUUUUGUGAUAUAGUAUAACAUUGUAGGAAGAGGGUCAGUUUGGGCUGUAAAGAUAUACAAUAUAAAUUUCAAGUGAAAAGGUUAGAUUUCUUAUAUAUUCGCCAGAAGACAGCUUCUUUCCCCUGGCGAGUUACUGUUGGAUUUCUCUCUGCUGUCAGGACCGAGCAGCUUUAGGAAGCUGCGAUAUAUGCCCUCCUUUCCCCAGGCCAUGGAGGGCCUUAUAAACCCAGUCAAAAAAUCCUUUCUUAUGGGAUUUCUACCAGGGGGACGUUUUUCUUCCUUUUUUUUCUUAAUUAUUAAAAUCAAAUUAAAUUUGGCCUUCACAACAGCUUGGGUAAUGCGAAUUAAAGAUGCCAGCUGUGGCUGAAAUGUAAUGAGUUUGAAAGUUCAUUUUAUUCUCCCCUUCCCCACCAGAAAAAUAAAUCAAAAAUACAAUAAGAAAUUUGAUCAAUUGCAAUUAGGACAGUGAAGCUUUAUGGAAGGAGACGGUCUGAUUGAGUUUGCAGUUGUAUAUGUGGUGCAUAAGCCUAUACCUACAUAUCUAUGAUAAGAUUUAGAGAAAAAACGGUGAUGAAAUGGUAAAAGAAUUAACCGAAUUGUUUGUGAUUUCCUGAAAAGGAAGGAAAUGGCAGUAAUGGACCCUGUUGUGUUGUAAUUAAGCUGCGUGUGGUUGAGCUAAAGUCAGUCUUUUACAUUGUUUUCACUCUUACAUCCAUUUUUAUCUUUUUUUUUUAUGUUUCUCAUGCUACCAUGGUGCCCUUUCAAUCUCUGAGCAUGCUCAAUGGGGGGCCGGGAGGGUUAAAGAUUAUGAUUAUGGUACUACUCGUAUUAACAAUAUGAUUCUUUAACUAUGGUUUGAAUGCUAAGGAUAGUAGCUUAUUAUAAAUAUGAAAUCUGUAUAUUAUGGAAAAUCAGCACAGGACCUUUCUUUGGGUACGUAUAGGUUUUAGGGGUUUGAAAACGGGGGCAGGGGUUUAGGGGAGGGGGGGAGUUUUUUUUUCGCUUUAUAAAGAUGUUAAACUUUCUGGUUUCUCAGCACAAAAAGCAUACAAAAACAUAGAAACAGCAGUACGGAGUCUGUGAGUAGACUUUACCGAACAUACAGGGCGCAAAAAGAGGAAUCUCAGUACUAUUCCUUAAAACUGGAGGAGAAAAUGCUGUUUACAGGUAGUAUUGUUUUUCCUUUGUCUUUUCUUUUUUUUUUCUUUUUAAAAAGGAGAGCGCCACCUGUUUUUGUGGCCGCGUCAGUACAGCAUGGAUUAACUGACAGGGAAAGCAGUAUCUUUUUAUAUAUAUAUAUGGAAAAAAAAAAGAAAAAACAAACUAUGUGUUCUGUAUUAGCCUGAGAAACCAAACAUUUUUUCCCCCUGUUGAAAAUUUCUUAAUACUUGCUGCUUAGAUUACUUCAUAUUAAUGAUUGAUGAUUUAAUAAUUUUAUAAUUAUCAGGUCAAGUAUGUUAACUUGAUGUUUAUUUAUUUACCUAUUUAUUUCAUUUUAUUUAUUUAUUUAUUAUUUCGCCAACUUUUUUUUUCUUCUUUACUUCCUGGUUAUGGUAAGAUAAAGAUAUGUAUCAAAAAGAAAUGCUUAUUGGGGCUUUUCUCUCUUUCUCUCCUUUUUUCCAAUUUUACAAUAAAAAUUCAAACUGGG